AUAAUCCUAUCUCCUUCCCUGCGCACUUUCCUAACGCUGCUCAUCCACAGUGCACGAGCUGCUCGUGCUACCCAGCGCAAUCGAGUCCCGGAGGACCUUGCCCACAAAUUUCCAUCCCGGAUGCGUGAUCUUAGACGUUCAUGCCAUGCUAGAAGACAAGCGCAUCGGCCUUGCGCUUGCUGUCUCGAGCUCUACAGCCAUCGGCACGAGCUUCAUCCUCACCAGAAAGGUCGGCUCCUCGCUGGCAAGCUGACACUCGCGGGGAACAACCAGUUCACUCACAUAAGUACCUACGUAUUUGGCAUCACCGUCGUGCGUUGCAUUUCCAGAUGA